AAUUAGGAUUUUCGUUGAAAUGGCGGAGACGACCGAUAGGAUGGAGGUUUCCCAGGGAGAAAGCUCAGCUAAGCCUGCUGCAGAGGACAUGACCUCCAAGGACUAUUACUUUGACUCCUAUGCUCAUUUUGGCAUCCAUGAGGAGAUGCUGAAAGAUGAGGUCCGCACGCUGACUUACAGGAACUCCAUGUUCCACAACAAACAUUUGUUCAAAGACAAGGUUGUGUUGGAUGUGGGCAGUGGCACCGGCAUCCUCAGCAUGUUUGCCGCCAAGGCCGGGGCCAAGAAGGUCAUCGGGAUUGAGUGUAGCAGCAUAUCCGACUACGCUGUGAAGAUUGUGAAGGCCAACAAGCUGGAUCACAUUGUUACCAUUAUCAAGGGUAAGGUGGAAGAGGUGGAGCUUCCUGUGGAUGGUGUGGACAUCAUCAUCUCAGAGUGGAUGGGCUACUGUCUCUUUUAUGAGUCAAUGCUCAACACGGUCAUCUAUGCCAGGGACAAGUGGCUGAAACCAGAUGGCUUGAUAUUCCCAGACAGAGCUACUCUCUAUGUCACAGCCAUCGAGGACAGGCAGUACAAGGACUAUAAAAUUCACUGGUGGGAGAACGUGUAUGGAUUCGACAUGUCCUGCAUUAAGGAGGUGGCCAUCAAGGAGCCUUUGGUGGAUGUGGUUGAUCCCAAACAGCUGGUCAGCACUGCCUGUUUAAUUAAGGAGGUGGACAUCUACACUGUGAAGAUCGAGGACCUGUCCUUCACGUCCCCCUUCUGCCUGCAGGUGAAGAGGAACGACUACAUCCACGCCCUCGUCACCUACUUCAACAUCGAGUUCACCCGCUGCCACAAGAGAACAGGCUUCUCCACCAGUCCUGAGUCUCCUUACACUCAUUGGAAGCAGACAGUAUUUUACCUGGAUGAUUACCUGACGGUGAAGACCGGGGAAGAGAUCUUUGGCACCAUCAGUAUGAAACCCAAUGUGAAGAACAACAGAGACCUGGACUUCACCGUAGAUAUCGACUUCAAGGGUCAGCUGUGCGAGAUGUCCAAGUCUUCAGAGUACAGGAUGCGCUAAAGCCCUCAAGUGUUUCUUUGUUUUUUUUUUUUUGUGUGUGUGUUGUCAAGGGUAACUGGAGAGAGAUCAGUGUCUGUGUGUGUGUGUGUCUGUGACCUCAUUCUGUACUGUGACGAGAACUCAUAACCAUAACUUUUAGAGAACUAUGUGUUCAUUUUUUUUUUGGUGAAAUUCGCUGUUGUCAAUGAGGGAGCAUUGGAAAGUUUUUGCGAAUCGUUUUUUUUUUUUUAUUCGGACGUUUUGGGUUUGUGCGCAAAAGAAUACGCGAGAGGGGACUUGACGUGAGGGAUUUUAUUGUGCAAUAGUUUCUCAGAAUGCAUCUGUUUUACCCAUUUAAGCUGUUCCCCCAACUCCAUAACCUGAGAGAGCACCUGAUGAUAAAGUUAAGAGGACACGCAUGUCUAAAGAUAUACACACACAUACUCAUUCACAUGCGCGCACACACACGCUGAUUGAUCUCUGUAAAUAGUGUUUAUUUUCAGUCACUUUGACCUCAUUGCACAUCUGUCAGGCAAUGCGUUCUCCUUGUCCCUCCAUUUUUAAAACCAAUUUUUUUUUUGUUUGUUUAUUAAAACCCACUGUGAUGGGUCUUACUGCCUCUUGUUAGCCAAUCAGCAUGCCUGUUUCAGCCAUGUGGUGGUAAACAUGUUAGUCAUUGGUAUGUUCUCGAAAUUCCUUUUGAUAAAUUGUCCUCUGCCUGAAAAACUGGCUGAGUUGUUUUUUUUUUUUCUUACUUUUUUCCAUACAUGUUCUCUAGCUGGUUGCACCCCAUUUUGUUGUUGUUUGCCCUUCUGAUGUGGUGUCAGAGCAGUGUGAGUUUACUACCAGCAGAGGGCGCCAGCCUGACUCAGCGUGGUCAUAUUGCUCCAUUACAUGAAGAUUCUUAGCAAUGUUCCUGGGCCUGCCGCUCCUACAUGUGGUGAUUUGGGGGUGGGUGAGAAGAGAUGACUGGAGAAGGCCUAUGAGGAGUUGAUGUCAACCUGUAUUUUUGCUGCAAGUCAUGAAGGGCAUGGGUACAAUAGAAUGUAAGUCUGGAUAUUUACAGUUGAUACUGUAUGUAACCAGUACUCUCCGUUCAAUUAUAACCUUGUUUGGUCUGACUGUCUGCAGUCCAAGACUUCUGCUGUAAGCACUUAGACUCGAUAAUGCACCUUAAAAGGUUUAAGUGUUAACUUGUAUGACAGAGUCCCAGCCCUGAAGGUAAAGUUUGGCUGACCUGUGUCUGCGUCGUCACCAGUUUGGAGUAUUACCAUGUAUGAGCGUGUCCAGUAGAAAGUGUAUUCAUUUUCAUUCUUGAA